AUGAUGUCCAUGAACAGCAAACAGCCGCACUUCGCCAUGCAUCCUUCUUUGCCUGAGCACAAGUACACCACCCUGCAUUCCAGCUCGGAAGCUAUAAGGAGAGCCUGUCUACAAACUCCACAGGUAAAUUAUCCACCGAAAAAAAAAAAAAAACUUCCACUUUGUCCUUUUUUCUUGCCUUGGCUGCGUGUAGCGUUGAGCUGUCUGUGCGUAAUAACAAGCGGUGCUCCAAGGCACAUGCAGCCAAGACGCGCGCUUAAUGUUUUUUUCAUGUCUUCCACGGCAAUCACAAGAAGAGUCUUCUUUUGAAAGCAUGCAAAGCCCGACUUCACUGUUUUUGUAUUAAUUUUUAUGACUUGCCGCUUCUGAAGGAAUACUAAGGCUGUGUUAUGUGUCGCCAAAACUCCCGAAUGACAGAUACAUUUAUUUAUGCGUUUUCCCUUUUCCUUUCGUCUUCUUUUCCCUCUUCUUUCCCAUUUCGCAACCUUUCAUUCUCCCCCCCUCUCUCCUCGUUUUUAAAUUUCCACCCUCGCAGCUGCAGAGCAACAUAUUCGCCAGCCUGGAUGAGACCCUGCUGGCCCGGGCUGAGGCUUUGGCGGCCGUGGACAUCGCCGUGUCCCAGGGCAAGACGCACCCGUUCAAGCCCGACGCCACUUAUCACACGAUGAGCACUGUGCCAUGCUCGUCAACAUCCACAGUUCCACUGGCCCACCAUCAUCACCACCAUCAUCACCACCACCACCAGAAUCUGGAGCCCCAGGACAUCAUGGACCACAUCACCUCGCCGUCCCUUGCCCUCAUGUCCAGCGCGCACGACGGGACCGGUGGAGGAGGCGGCGGGGGCGGUGGAGGUGGCGGCGGAGGGCUUAUUUCCACCUCCUCUGCCCAUCCGCACUCGCACAUGCACGGCUUGAGUCACCUCUCCCACCAGGCUAUGAGCAUGAAUUCGCCUCUCACCCACCAUGGGCUCUUACCGGGCCAUCACGGAGGGGGUCAAGGCGGCCCAGGGCUCACUAACGCCGGCCUGCCCUCCAUCAAUGACUCGGACACGGACCCAAGGGAGCUGGAGGCUUUCGCGGAGCGCUUCAAACAGCGAAGGAUCAAGCUGGGGGUGACCCAGGCGGACGUGGGGGGCGCUCUGGCUAAUCUGAAAAUCCCCGGCGUGGGAUCACUGAGCCAAAGUACAAUUUGUCGUUUCGAGUCGUUAACUCUCUCCCACAACAACAUGAUUGCGCUCAAACCGAUCCUCCAGGCCUGGUUGGAGGAGGCCGAGGGGGCCCAGAGGGAGAAAAUGAGCAAACCGGACAUUUUUAACGGAGGGGAGAAGAAGCGCAAGAGGACCUCGAUAGCGGCCCCGGAAAAGAGGUCUUUGGAGGCUUACUUCGCAGUUCAGCCUCGACCGUCGUCCGAGAAAAUAGCAGCUAUAGCGGAAAAGUUGGACCUGAAAAAAAAUGUGGUGCGAGUGUGGUUUUGUAACCAAAGACAGAAGCAGAAGAGGUUGAAAUUUUCCGCUGCUCACUGA